AUGUCCGGAAAAGCGGAGAUCACCGCCGACCAGCCGUCCCCGGCCGCGGACGAUAUCGAGAAGAUCCCGGCCAAAGUUGAGAGCAAUGAGCGGAUCGGGGACCAGAUCUCCCAUGAGAAACUGGAGGAAUUGGCACCAAACGGCGAGCAUGAGUACGUCUUGGAAAAGAUCAAUGGCAUGACGGAGGAAGAGGCGAUCGAGAUCAUCGAAGAGAGCGUGGAGUUCUUCAAGGACGACUGGAACUUUCCCUCUGAUAUGCGAGAGCGGAUGAAAAGACUCCUCGAGGGACCGAAAGCGUAUGGCGAGUUUUACGACCGCGAUCUAAGGAUCGACGCGGUCAUGAUCCGCUACUCGUCUCCUUACCCCGGCGUCCGCGCCGUUGCCGAGAUUCUGGACGACCAAAACGUUCCGAUCGAAACCAUCCGGGCCUAUUUCCUGGGCAUUGGAUGGGCUGUCAUCGGCACCUUCAUCUCGACAUUUUUCAACUCCAGGUUCCCUGCCAUUUCUUUGAGCGGACAGGUCAUCCAGAUUCUAUUAUUCCCAUGCGCAAAAGUUCUGGAGUUCAUCCUGCCUGACUGGGGCUUCACAGCUUUCGGUGUCCGCCACUCCUUGAACCCAGGUCCGUGGACUUUCAAGGAGCAAAUGUUCGCGACCAUCACUUACAACAUCGCCAUUUACACGACCAACAGUUAUGGAAUGAUCCUCGUUCAAAAGUCGCCAGUCUACUACGGCCUUGAUUUCGUCAAUUUCGGCUACCAAAUCAUGUUGACGCUGUUCGUACAGCUCAUGGGUAUGGGUUUCGCAGGAUACCUCCGCCGGUUCAGCGUCUAUCCCGUCAAGGCACUGUGGCCGACCAUUUUGCCGACCAUUGCUAUGAACCGGGCGCUUACCCGGCCAGAGCCCAGGGAGAACAUCAACGGAUGGACAAUUUCUCGUUACAAGUUCUUCUACGUCUGUACCAUUUGCAUGUUCUUCUACUACUGGAUUCCCGGGUACUUGUUCACCGCUUUGGCGACCUUCAACUGGAUGACCUGGAUUUCGCCCCAGAAUGUUACCCUCGCAAUCAUCACUGGGUCUUCCCUUGGAUUGGGGCUGUUUAACCCCAUCACUACGUUCGAUUGGAAUAUCGCCACGUCCUCGUAUGCAGCGUUGUCUAUGCCAUUCUUCGCGACUUGCACCCAAUACUGCGGCGCCAUUCUCGGCGGAGUCAUCAUUCUUGGAAUUUACUAUACCAACAUGUACAACACGGCAUAUCUUCCCAUCAACUCGUCCUCGCCGUUUGCCAACGACGGCACCCCAUAUGUGGUCCAAAACGUGGUCGUCGACAACAAGCUGAAUGAGACUCUCUACCAAGACUACUCCCCUCCGUUUUACUCAGCCGGCUAUCUCAUCACAGUUGGAGGCAACUACUGCUUCUACCCGAUUUACUUCCUCUACAUCAUGGGCAACCAAUGGAAGACCAUUUCUGCAGCCUACGUUGAUUUCUACAAGGGUCUUCGUUAUAAGAAAGGCAACUACGAUGGCGCGAUGGACGUCCACAGCAGACUCAUGGCCAAGUACAAGGAGGUCCCCGACUGGUGGUUCCUCCUGAUUCUCGUAGCCGCCAUCGUCGUCUCCUGCAUAUUCCUCAGCAUCUACCCGCUCGACACACCCAUCUGGAUCACGUUCCUCAUGAUCGCCAUCAACUUGGUCUUCGCCGUCCCUCUCUCGUUCCUCUCGGCGACGACGGGAACCAACCUGGGUCUCGGCGCGUUGAUCCAGGUCAUCACCGGCUACAUGCUCCCCGGCAACACCAACGCUUUCCUCUUCUCGCAGACUUUGGGCUCUUGGGCGCUCGCGGGUUAUGGUGAUAACUACGUGCAAGACCAGAAGAUGGCUCACUACACGAAGAUCGCACCGCGCGCGGUGUUCAGAAGUCAGAUUGGGACCAUCAUCAUCACCUGCUUUGUCGCUGUGGCGACCCAAAACUUCAUUUUGGAGAAUGUCAAGGGGCUUUGCACGCCCAACCAGCCGAGCCGAUUCACCUGCGCAAACGACGGUGCACCGCUCUACACCAACUCUCUGAUGUGGGGUCUUUUGGGCUCAGAGCGCAUGUUCGUCUCAUUCUACCCAAUCCUCAAGUGGUGCUUCCUCAUCGGCACGCUCAUCGCCAUCGUUUUCCUGGUCGGCCAAGGAUACGGCCCCAAGUACCUGCCCGGCGUCCGCGAGAAGCUGCGCGUCAAGCUCAGCCCCAAGACGUUUGCCCUCCUCGACCGGACCCUGUUCCCCUUCGUCGCCUCACUUCUCUGGCUCAACCCCGUUCUCGUCAUUCAAGGCAUUCAGCACUGGGCGCCGUCCAACCUUUCGUACAAGACGCCCGGGAUGAUUCUGGGUUUCAUCUUCAUGUACUGGCUACCCCGGCACAGGCUGGCUUGGUGGGAAAAGUACAACUACGUCCUGUCAGCCGCUUUGACUGCCGGCGUGGCGGUCUCGGCGCUCGUCAUGUUCUUCGCCGUCGGCUAUAAUCCUAUAGCCCUGAAAUGGUGGGGGAACACGAGUUAA